AAGGGACGAUUCUCCUAGUAAGAUGGAAAUUGCGAGAAAAGAAAUGGGACUGGAUUGGAUGCUCAGGGCUCAAAGUAAGAAGCCUGCAGUUGCGGAAACAGAGGAGAAUUUACCAGAGGAGGUUCCUGUUGAGGAGCCAAAGAAAGUAAAUCCUAAGGAACUGAAUCCAUAUUUGAAGGAUAGUGGAACUGGUUACCCAGAAGAAAAGGAUGGAGCUAAAGUUGGUGCUGACCAGCUUCUAUCUUCUUCCCUUGUUGGGGAUGGGGGAGCAAGUUGGAGACUCAAAGCCUUAAAGCGUUCACAAGAACAAGCAGCUCGAGAAGGACGAAACUUUAAUGAGGUUGUGCAAGAAAGGUGGGGUUCUCUGGGUGAGUUGACCGCAUCGGUUGCAUCUAAUGCAGCUGCUCCUGCUCGAGCACAUCUACGUGCUAUAAAAAAUAGACAAAAAGGGAUAAGGGAAGAAAACUCUCCAGAUUCUAACAAGCAUGGUGGAAGGGCUCCUAAUAAAAGGGACUACUUAAAGGAUGUUUCUGUUCGUCACCAUGAAAUGAGAAAACCUAAAGUUGAAGAUUCUUUAUCUUGGGGAAAGCGAAAAAGCCACCAACGCAUGGUAGCUGAGGGUGCUGGGAUAAUCUCUGCCGCAGUGUCUAGUCUAAAUAAGUUUUCUAAUGAUGGAAGCUUCAUGCAAAAUUUCGGUAACAUGAUGAGUAAUAAUUCUGAUGGCUCUGUUUUGGAAAGUGUUGCUAGCAGGUAUGCUAUGCAAAAGAUACCUGCGGCUGGACAGAAGAAAGGAGAAGAUGAUGCUGAUAUGCAUCUUGCCCGCAAGAUAAUGCAGAACAAGAAGUUUAGUAUUUCCACUCAGGCUGAUGAUGAAUAUGAUUUUGAGGAUGGCCCAAGCAGAAAGAGUAGAAAGAAGCAAGCAGGUGAUGACGGCAAGAUCCAAAAAAAGACUAAUCGGUUCUUGACUCAGCAAGAACGCUGCCUCUUUUGUUUAGAAAAUCCAAAUCGACCUAUGCAUCUUGUUGUUUCAAUCGCAAAUUUCACAUAUCUUAUGUUGCCACAGUGGCAGCCCGUGGUUCCUGGUCAUUGCUGCAUUUUACCAAUUCAGCAUGAAUCAGCUACAAGAACUGUGGACGAUAAUGUGUGGACAGAAAUUCGAAACUUUAAGAAGUGCCUAAUUAUGAUGUUCGCUAAGCAAGAAAAGGAGGUAGUGUUUCUUGAGACAGUGAUGGGAUUAGCCCAGCAAGGAAGGCAUUGUAUGGUUGAGUGCAUUCCUUUACCCCAAGAUAUUGCCAAAGAGGCUCCUUUGUACUUUAAAAAGGCGAUUGAUGAAGCUGAAGAUGAGUGGAGCCAGCACAAUGCCAAGAAACUUAUUGAUACAAGUCAAAAGGGAUUGCGUAAUUCAAUUCCCAAGCACUUUCCAUAUUUCUACGUUGAAUUUGGUCUAAACAAGGGUUUUGUCCAUGUUAUUGAUGAUGAAAAACAAUUUAAUAGCAGCCUCGGGUUGAAUGUGCUAAGAGGCAUGCUGCAAUUGGCAGAAGAGGACAUGUAUAGACGAAGACGCUACGAGGCCGUGGAGGUACAAAAGCAAUUAGUUGCAAGCUUUUCCAAAGAGUGGGAUCAUUUUGACUGGACAAAACAGCUUCAUGAAACUUCCUAACAAACAUUUUACAGCUUCAUGUCACUUUGAUUUAAGGAUUUAGUUAAUCCACAUUGUAAUCUGCUCUGGCAUACAAUAUCUUAGUGAUAGAAAUGAAUAUGGUGGUGCUAUGUACUCAUUUCUUUUCAAAAAAGGUAAAAAGAAUGUGACUUAUUGUUUAUUA